AUGAACGGAGUUAUGAGAAAAUUCUUGGAUGAAAUUACUAAGGAAUGGCAAUUAGCACAAUCAAUUACGAAUUGUCAUGAGAAAGAUAAGAAAGAAAAGCAAAUUUCGUGUGGAAAAGCGCGCUCUGCUGAAAGCAUAAAGUACAGGAAAUCCCUGUUGAAGCUAAAAGAGCAAGAGUACUUGAUAGAAAAGAAUCUCAUUAACAUGAUGGAGAACAUGAAACUGGAACCAGAAGUUCUACGACCCGUUUUGCGUAAUAUGAAUGACAUCUCAAGAAACAGGGAAAUUUUUCUGGACAGCAUGAGAAAAUCCUUGGAUAAAAUUACUGAGGAAUUGCAAUUAAUACAAUCAGUCGCGAAUUGUCCCGAGCAGAUCCAGAAGUUAGAUACGAAUGUAUACAAACAACGGCUCCUGAAAUUGUCGCAAAACAUUCGGAACUUUCAGGAAUCCUGGCAACAGAAAAUUGCGAUUUUGUCGCAGGAGCAAACCGUUCUCGAAUCUGAAUUACGUAAAUUUGAAUCAAAUUUGUAUAAGUAUGAGAAUGUAACCAGCAGAAUCGGCAAACAGACAUCCGCCAUGUCUUCUAUCAAGAAAAAUAAAAGGUGUUACGAUUAUAAGGAAAUCAAGGACCUCCACGAGUUGAUUGCUAAAACAGGCUACACUGAUAAUUGGAGCAAUGAAGACCACCUGUUGUUUUUGAAAAUGCGGAAGAAGUGCAAUAGUAUCCCUGCUCUAGUGGCUGCUAUUCGAGUCAAAUGCCCGGAUCUAACAGCGGAAACUAUAGUGAAUCAUGAGGCAUGGUAUAAAAUUUAUCUGAACCUGCGUGAAAAGCAACAAUCGAGCAUCAGAGAGUGGCGCAAACAAAAAGAAAUGGAGAAGAUGAAGAUGAAAAAUCGUGAGGAUGAAACCGAGGCUGAAACCUUGAAAGAAAUUUCACGAGAGAAAAGCAAUUCCAAUAUCACAAAAGAUCUUUCGAUUUGCGUGACGGAUAAAAGGAGAACAACAAAAACUGACAGUUCCGUUGAUAUCAAUAAUCAGAAAAAGGAAUUAAUAAAACAGUGGAAAGCGGAGAAAGAGAAUAAACGUUUGAUGGAAGAGGAGCAGUCGAGGAUUCUGAUUGAGUCGAAGCUUGCCGCGCAAGAAAAACAUAAAAGAGAAAGAUUGGAAAGACUUCGGACAGUUUUGGCAGAGCAUCGUGAAAAAAAAUCGAUGGAAAUUUCCUCCGAAGUCUCGAAAGAUGAUUCGAGAUCCCACUACAAUCCAAUGUUGAUUAAGGCCUUUAGGAAGCAAGAUACAGAGUUUACAAGAAAAAAGAAAAACUUGAUAGCUGUACGAAAAUUGGCUCAAAAUCGAACAGUAAAAAUCGUAAGAUCACAAAUAGCGAAAAAGCAAGAUCACUCGACCCUAUUGAAUCCAACUGAAGUAUGGAAAGAAAAAUGUAGAAUACCCGAUCCUAACACGAGAGAAUCGAAAAAGCUGCAAUAUAUUAAAGACGUUCCACGUUUAUAUGUUCAAUGGAGAAACAAGGAAUCGAUGGAGAUCAAGGAUGCUCUGACAUUUUUAUAA